CAAAAUGGAUGACGGCGAUGGUGAUGAGCUUAGUGCUUGUUUGUGUCAGAUCUGUUCUGGCGCAAAUGCGCUACUCUGUUCCGGAGGAGAUGAGGAAAGGCUCGCUGAUUGGGAAUAUCGCGCAUGAUCUCGGUUUGGAUGCAGAGAGGCUCCGGUCAGGGCGAGCUCGGAUUGUGACCGGAGAUGGUGUGCAGUACGCCGAGCUGAAUUCAAACAAAGGGAUUUUGGUUGUGAAAGAGAGAAUAGACCGCGAAGAGCUGUGUGGCGACACUACUCCUUGCAGUUUCAGCUUUGAAAUCAUUCUCGAAAAUCCGGUGGAAUUGCAUCAGGUUACAGUUGAAAUUCUGGAUGUCAACGAUCACUUUCCGACAUUUCAAAAGGAUAGAAUUGCCCUGGAGAUAAGCGAGUCUGCCACGCCAGGGGCUCGCUUUCUCCUCGGCAGCGCAGAGGACCCUGACGUCGGGGUAAAUGCGUUACAAAAUUAUAUUCUAACUGAAAACAAUAACUUUGUAUUAAAACAGCAUGCUCGACCAGAUGGAAUCAAAUAUGCAGAGAUGGUGCUGCAGAAACCAUUAGACAGAGAGCUGCAUCCACAGCUGUCCUUAACGCUUACAGCAGUGGAUGGGGGAGACCCUCCCAGAUCCGGCACUGUUAAUAUUAAAGUCACUGUGCUCGAUGUCAACGACAAUGCACCUGUGUUUAACCAGUCAGUGUACAGAGCAACAGUAGUUGAAAAUGCGAAGCGUGGGACGUACAUAACCACCGUUAAUGCAAGUGACGCAGAUAGUGAUGCAAAUGGGUUGAUUAAUUAUAGCUUUGCAAAUCUUAAAGGCAAUAUCGCUGCAAUGUUUUCAAUCGAUGAGACUACUGGCGCGAUCUCCGUUAUAGGAGACCUCGACUAUGAAAAAGUGAAGAAGUAUGAAAUAGGCAUAGAAGCGAAAGAUCAAGGGGGUUUAGGAGACUCUAGUAAAGUAAUAGUUGAGCUCAUCGAUGUAAAUGACAACACACCUGUCAUCAGCGUUAUGUCAUUUACCUCGCCUGUGUCAGAAGACGCACCAGUUGGCGCAACUAUAGCAAUACUCAACGUCAAAGACAUCGAUUCUGGGCAGAAUGGAAAUGUUGACUUAAAACUAGAUCAGAGUUCUAUUUUAAAAAUAAAGUCAUCUCUAACUAAUUAUUACACACUUGUCACUGAUGCUAUUUUAGAUCGCGAACGCCUAGCAGAAUACAACCUCACAAUCACGGCAACAGAUUUAGGCUCUCCUCCACUCUCCAGUCAGAAAACAUUAACUCUAAAAGUUUCUGACGUUAACGACAACGCGCCACAAUUCCAAGAGAGCACAAGCGAAGCUUUUGUGUUAGAAAACAAUCAACCAGGCGUCUCCAUCUUUACAGUCAGUGCUAGAGAUAGGGACUGGAACCAAAAUUCCCGCAUCUCCUACAUUUUAGAUGACACUCAAUGGGGUGGAAGCCCGGUGUCUUCCUAUAUUUCUAUCAAUGCAGAGAGUGGAGUUAUUCAUGCAGUGAGGUCUUUUGACUAUGAGCAGAUGAAAAAGAUUAAAGUUUGUAUUAAAGCCCAAGAUGGAGGGUCUCCUCCCCUUAGCAGCAACAUGACACUGGAUAUUAUUGUACAGGAUCAGAAUGAUAACUCACCUCAAAUACUAUAUCCAGUACAGACCAGUAGCUCUAUGGUAGCUGAGAUUGUGCCUCGAUCAGCUGAUAUUGGCUAUCUGGUCACUAAAGUGGUGGCUGUAGAUGUGGACUCUGGACAGAAUGCCUGGCUCUCAUAUAAACUACAGAAAGCUGCAGACAGGCCGCUGUUUGAAGUGGGCGCACAGAAUGGAGAGAUCAGAACUGUGCGCCAGGUGACUGAUAAAGAUGCUGUGAAACAGAAACUCACUGUUAUAGUGGAGGACAACGGACAGCCCUCUCGCUCUGCUACAGUCACUGUGAACGUGGCAGUGGCCGACAGCUUCCCUGAAGUGCUCUCAGAGUUCACAGACUUUACACGUGAGAGGGAACACAGUCCUGACCUGACAUUUUACUUAGUCCUGGCGCUGGCUGUGGUGUCCUUCCUCUUCAUUCUGUGUCUCGUCACCAUCAUCUCAGUAAAGAUCUACAGGUGGAGACAAGCACGGCUGUAUCACAGCAACCUACCCAUCAUCCCCUACUACCCAGACGUCAGCAGGACAGGGACUUUGCAACCCCCCAUGUACAACUACGAGGUGUGCAUGACCACAGACUCUAGGAAAAGUGACAUGAAGUACGUCAGACCCGGCUGCCAGAGCGUCAUUAGCCUGGACAGUGGAGGGACACUCACUCUGCCUCUGCCACAGAGAGAUAAGGCCAUGUUUGACACCGAUGACACCCAGGUGAGCACCAUCAGACAUGUGCAUGAGUAA